AUGUGGCUCUUUCGGGUCCUUUCGUCGGCCUUUUUUCUCACCGUCACCGUCUCUUCCAUCCCCCUCGCCUUUGAUGUGGGUGGUAAGACGUGCGGUCUGGCCUUUUCGCUAUCCCUGGCAACCUUCUAUUUCCUCUUUUCCCUUUUGAAGGUCACCACCCCCCAUGGGUCUUGGCUCCGGUCGUCGAUUAUCGUCCUCAUAAACUCUACACAAUGGCUCAUCAUACCUGUACUUCUUAUCUGGUCGCUGAAUCGCUUCUCGAUCGACGCGGACAACACUAGCGGAUGGGUGGAGCGGACGUUCACCGGCAAAAGGGCUCAUGACUCGUCGAUCAUAGAGUGGCUGUUUGGCCCCGAUGGGCUUGCCGAAACUGUGACAAUCGGCAACUGGGAUAAACUGUUGAGGUGGUCGACUCCGGUCUUUCAACUGGUGGAGGGUUUCUGCAGCUUGUUGGUGAUCCAGGCAGCAGGGCAGAUCACUCGAUGGCUCGUUAACCGCGGUGGACGAAGCGAUAGCUGGAUGAUCGGUCUUUUGGUUUUAUCUGCUUCAGUCAUAUCCAGCUCCGUAUAUUUCCUCUGGCGGGUUCUUCAGUUCCCCGAGAUUUCCAAUGUUGACGCUGCGUUGAUCGGGGUCUCCAUCACAUGCGCGGUGAUCCUGUGUGCUUGGGGUAUUGGAAGUGGUCGAGGAAACCCAGUGGAAAGCUCCCUUCUGUUUGCCUAUGUGGUGCUAUGCAUCUAUCAGAUUUUCACCGACUAUCUGCCAUCACACCCCGUGGAACAGAUUGCAUCGCCAUCGCAAGCAGGGGAAUUUCCGCCGCUACCGCCCAUUAUUAUGGCAUCUUACACCACCCUCAUGCAUGCCUUGUCCCUGCUGCCGUCGAUCAUUCAUGCAGCCUUCAAUGUGAUCACUGCGGUGUUUGGUGCUGUGACCCCCUCAGUUCUCAUUUCGCUAGCUUACCGUCUACUCGUUCUGUAUGCUUCUACUCGGAUUAUCCCUGCAAUUCGCGAAUCUGGCUCCCGAGCUCUCUCGCAAGAAGCUUCUAUGGAUGAUACCGAUGCAGCUGGCCAGUUCUUAGGCUUUCUCAGCUAUUUCUCUCCAUCCAUCUUAAUUGCUGUCUACACUAGUCUCCUGAUGCAGCAUUUUGCUUCAACGUCUCAAGCUAUGGGUGGCAGUGGAGAGUGGUGGAGUACCCAAGGGGACGGUGGGGGGAACUUGUGGCGCUGGGUCAACCUGGCCUGUACCCUGGGGCUGUACGCAGUCGAGUUGUGGCUUGGUGAAAAUGAUGACCUCGAUGCUGGUCUGGCAGGUCAUUGGAAGACUGACUGA